GGUAUCUGUCCCACAUUUAAAUGACCGCUUCCACACCAGCAAGGGAGUCCAGCGGUGAACUUACUUUACCUUUAAAGGUCUUGCUGCAACUUCAAGAGUGUGAUUACAAGUGCAGAAAGAGUGGGAGGGAAGGACCCCAUCGAUUCUGUGCAGAAUAGCUCCACGUCGGCUGAGAGACUGAACUGAUUACAAUCAGUAUAAGUGACGGACUGGCCUCUCGGGCAGCUCCCUGUACAUUUCACAGUGGGCUCCUGAAGGUGAGUGUGUGUUUCAGUGUGUGGACAUGGGCAAGUGCAUUCAUUAAUGGAUGUAUUCUCUAAAUAUUCUUCAAGGGACUGAACAUUAAACCUCUUUCUUCCCUCCUUUUGGUCGCUACUGGACAAGACUCCCUGAAGGCAUGUAUACUUUUUUUCCAAUGCUGACUUAUUAACUAACAUUGAGGUUCAGGGACACAUUAGUAUGAAUAAUGCUGCAUGCAUACAAUAAUUUAUUACCUUGAUUUCAUAUUUUGAAGGUAGUUUUUUAACUGGUCAAAUAGCGUGUUCGUACCUGCCCUCAAUCUUGGGCAGAGUCCAGACAAAGGAAUUUACUUCUCUUCUAAUCUACCCCAUUUGAAUUUCCCCUCGCCCUUCUAUUAUCUUCCUUGCCCUUUGAUAUCUAUUGUACUCAAUCUCUAAAUAACUCACUUCCUUAGUGACUGCCUGUGGCCACAGCUGAAAACUGGCCGACAAAGAAAGUGGUGUAUUUUUUUGCUGGGAAUCCACAUGGACCAAUUAUUUUUGUUUCAGUGAACUCUCUUCUCUCUUGGAAACAAGUGGACAGUGUUCAUUAUUAUACAUAGAGAUUCUUCUGGGGUUUUUUCCGGCAGCAUGUUGCAGACAGUGAGUGAGUGGCUGUGGUGGGAGCGUCUGUGGCUGCCAGCGAACGUCUCGUGGACUGAUCUGGAGGACAGCGAAGGCCGCGUUUACGCUAAAGCCUCUCAACUCCACGCUGCUCUGCCCUGCGCCCUCGGCCUGCUGCUCGUUAGAUACCUGUUUGAGAGAUACCUGGCCACGGCGCUGGCUAACGUUUGGGGGAUCAGGGACAGUGUGCGUCUGCCAGCGGAGCCAAAGCCCCUCCUAGAAAACUACUUUCGCUGUCAAGCACGCGCUCCAUCGCAGGUUGAUGUGAGGUCUCUGUGUAAGAAGACCAGCUGGUCGGAAAGGAGAAUCCAGGUGUGGUUUAAGAGAAGGAGGAACCAGGAGCGCCCAGGGCUUCGGAAGAGGUUCUGCGAGGCGAGCUGGAGAUGUGUUUUUUAUACUUUUGCAUUUGUCUAUGGACUCCUAGCUCUCUAUGAUAAACCAUGGCUUUAUAACCUCAGGGAGGUGUGGGCCGGCUUUCCUAGACAGUCCAUGCUGCCAUCUCAAUACUUUUAUUACCUCUUGGAAAUGGGAUUCUACCUUUCUCUGCUCCUCAGCCUCACCUUUGAUGUGAAACGGAAAGACUUUAAAGAGCAGGUGAUUCAUCACAUAGCCACACUGACUCUUCUGAGCUUCUCUUGGAUUUCAAACUACAUUCGUAUCGGAACCCUUGUGAUGGCAGCUCACGACUCUGCUGACAUCCUGCUAGAGGGUGCAAAGGUAUUAAACUAUGCCCAGUGGCACCGGACUGCUAAUGCCAUGUUCGUGGUGUUUACAGUUCUCUUUAUGCUGACAAGACUUGUCAUUUUCCCUUUCUGGCUGAUUCACUGCUCGUGGGUGUAUCCAAUGGAGGUGUUUGCGCCCUUCUUUGGCUACUACUUCUUCAAUGUGAUGUUAUUGGUUCUUCAGAUACUCCACCUCUAUUGGGCUGUUCUCAUAUCACGAAUGGCUUACAAGUGUAUCUUUAGCAAGCUCGAGCGUGACGAAAGGAGUGAUGAAGAGGAGGAUGACAGUGACUCACCGAGGGAAAGAGACCACAAAUUAAGUCACAAAAAUGGAACUGGAGCCAGAGACAGGGCCAAUGGCCACUAACACGUAUGGACA